UCUUCAGUUGGCUCCAAAAUGUUUGGUCCUCUCAAUGAAACUUAUCUUUUCCCCUCUGCACUCUCAGUGUCAACAUAUAUAAUAAAACCUCACUUCAAAAUUCACAUUCACAGGAUAAAGUUGCAGCAAACGGAAUGGAAUUCAGCCUGAAGCUCCCAAAUCAUCUCCCUUGUAGUUAUGGCGACAAAUCUCUUACUUCCCUUUCACGUGCAAGCUUAUACCGCAAAAAUCCUGCCUCCUCUGCUCCACCCAGGCGGAAAGUUAUGUCUUCUUCCGCUUUCGGGGUAUUACAGGCUAUAUUACAAGAAAUCCGGCCCCAUUUCCUUCCACCAUGCAGUCCCGCAGACAUUUCCUUCCAAAAGAAGCUCGGGGCACACAACUCAAAACAAGAAGUAUAUCACAUCUGUGAAACCUGUGAAUGAGGAAUUAGUAGAGGACAAGUCCAAGGAUCUCCUAGUGACAGGCGAUUCUAUUCGUCGUCGGUUUCUUCAAUUCUAUGCUUCCCGUGGACACAAAGUUCUUCCCAGUGCUUCUUUGGUACCAGAAGAUCCCACGGUAUUAUUGACAAUUGCAGGAAUGCUUCAAUUCAAGCCUAUCUUCCUUGGAAAGGUUCCUAGAUUGGUGCCUUGCGCUACAACUGCACAAAGGUGCAUACGUACAAAUGAUGUGGAGAAUGUAGGUCGAACAGCUAGACAUCAAACGUUCUUCGAGAUGCUUGGAAACUUCAGUUUUGGUGAUUACUUCAAGAAAGAAGCAAUUAAGUGGGCAUGGGAGCUGACAACCAUCGAAUUUGGUUUGCCAGCUGACAGACUAUGGAUUAGUAUAUAUGAAGAAGAUGAUGAAGCUUUUGCAAUAUGGCAUGACGAGGUAGGUGUUCCUGUUGAUCGCAUAAAGAGGAUGGGUGAGGACGACAACUUUUGGACUAGUGGCAUCACAGGUCCAUGUGGCCCAUGCUCUGAGAUUUAUUAUGAUUUCCAACCUGAAAAGGGGUAUUCUGAUGUUGAUUUGGGAGAUGGUGCAAGGUUUAUGGAGUUUUACAACUUAGUUUUCAUGCAAUACAACAAAAAGGAUGAUGGUUCCCUUGAACCUUUAAAACAGAAGAAUAUAGAUACAGGGCUUGGUUUAGAGCGCAUGGCUUGCAUUCUUCAAAAAGUUCCGAACAAUUACGAGACUGACUUGAUCUAUCCCAUUAUACAGAAAGCCUCAGAAUUAGCAAAUGUGACGUAUGACACUGCUGAUAAUCAAUCAAAAACAAACCUUAAAAUCAUUGGAGACCAUAUGCGUGCAGUUGUAUACCUGAUAUCAGAUGGAGUCGCCCCAUCCAAUAUAGGGAGAGGAUAUGUUGUUCGCAGGCUUAUCCGAAGAGUUGUUCGUACUGGUAGGCUGCUUGGAAUAAAGGGGGAUGGAAGAGGGAACAUUGAUGGGGCGUUUACACCACUUAUUGCAGAAAAGGUCAUUGCAUUAAGCACCCACAUUGAUGAGGAUGUAAAGGGUAGAGCAGGCCGCAUUAUUGAGGAGCUGAAAAGGGAAGAACUUAGGUUUGUACAGACACUAGAGCGAGGGGAGAAGCUGCUUGAACAAAUGCUAGCUGAUGCCUUAGCGAGUGCUAAAGAAGAUGGAAGGGUUCCUUGUUUGGCUGGUAAAGAUGCAUUUUUGUUGUAUGAUACAUACGGGUUCCCAGUGGAGAUUACUACAGAAGUUGCUCAAGAGCGUGGUGUAGUAGUUGAUAUGAAAGGUUUUGAUAUUGAAAUGGAUAAUCAGAGGCGACAAUCUCAGGCUGCACAUAAUGCAGUCAAACUUGAAGUUGGAGAAGAUGCAGAUAUCAUGGAAAAUAUCUCUGACACAGAGUUCCUUGGAUAUGAUAUGCUCUCUGCCAAUGCCAUUGUUGAGAGUCUUAUUGUGAAUGGUAAUCCUGUGUCACAGGUGUCAGAAGGAAGUGAUGUAGAAGUUUUGUUGAAUAGGACACCUUUCUAUGCGGAAUCUGGGGGCCAAAUUGGAGACCACGGUCUCAUUUAUAUUCCUGAAGGUGAAAACAGACCGAACGUAGUAGUGGAGAUAAAAGAUGUACAAAAGUCUGCAGGCAGCAUAUUUGUUCACAAGGGUACCAUCAAACAGGGAGUUCUAGAGGUUGGAAGAGAAGUGGAAGCAGCAGUAGAUGCAGAGCUGAGGCAGGGAGCCAAGGUUCAUCAUACUGCUACACAUUUGCUACAAUCUGCACUUAAGAGGAUUAUAGGCCAAGAAACAUCACAAGCUGGUUCCUUGGUUGCCUUUGACCGCCUCAGAUUUGAUUUCAACUACCACCGACCUCUUGUUGACAAUGAGAUCUUGCAAAUUGAAGAGCUGAUCAAUGGUUGGAUUGGAGAUGCAGUGCUUCUUCAAACUAAAGUUAUGCCUCUUGCUGAUGCCAAAAGAGCUGGGGCUAUUGCUAUGUUUGGAGAGAAAUAUGGAGAAGAGGUACGAGUUGUCGAGGUUCCUGGUGUAUCAAUGGAACUCUGUGGUGGGACUCAUGUCUUCAACACUUCAGAAAUACGAGGCUUCAAAAUAAUCUCAGAGCAGGGCAUUGCAUCUGGUGUCAGGCGAAUAGAGGCCGUGGCUGGUGAUGCUUUCAUUGAGUAUGUUAAUGCCAGAGAUUACCAUAUGAAGCGUCUGUGCACCAUGCUCAAAGUUAAAGCUGAGGAUGUUACACCCCGGGUAGAAAAUCUUCUCGAGGAAUUGCGGUUGGCGAGAAACGAAAUUUCUAAUUUGCGUGAAAAAACUGCAGUUUUUAAAGCGUCAAGCGUUGCUAAUAAGGCAUUUCUGGUUGGGACUUCAAAAGAGAUCAGGGUACUAGUUGAAUGCAUGGAUGAUACCGAUGCCGAUUCACUGAAAGGUGCGGCCGAGUUCCUGAUUGACAGUCUGCAAGAUCCAGCAGCUAUCGUACUAGGCUCAUGUCCGGGCGAAGGAAAAGUGAGUUUAGUUGCAGCAUUUACUCCAACCGUGGUCGAUCUGGGAGUACAAGCAGGGAAGUUCAUAGGACCUAUAGCUAAGUUGUGUGGUGGGGGAGGGGGUGGCAGGCCUAAUUUUGCUCAGGCAGGAGGAAGAAAACCUGAGAACUUGUCGAAUGCACUCGAAAACGCGCGAUCAGAACUCGUCCAAAUUCUAUCGGAGAAGGCAAGCUAGAACUCCUCUGGAUCGCUAACCUGCACGGGGACUGAAAACUUGUAUCCUUGAGUAUGUCUUUGGGAGAAGGCAGCAGUUUUACACAGCAGGAGCCUCCAAAACUGGUACAGUAUCUUUGAAAGAAGAAAGCAUGUAAAGUGUAAUGGAUGAUUGGGCUCUUCAAGAGUUUCUCGCUGCUCCAUAUUACAAAAAAAUUAUUGCUUCUUUGAAUGAAA